UUCAAUAGAUUCGUUUCGCGAAUUAGUCCAAGAUUAUGGAUGUGCUUUAUUAAUAGUCUAUAUUUAAUAUUUAUAAUUAGUGUCUAAAUAUUUAAUGUGAUAGGGUAUUAAAAGUUUUAGUCCCAUUUAACAGGGCCUUAGUUUAGCCUACGUACCAUGCGCACGCUCGUGUUGAAGUCACAUGAUUGGUACUGACACCGUGACACGGUGACACCGAGUAAUCGUGGCAAAAUCAUGAAACUCGGCGACGCGUAAUGUUGCUUGCAAUCAUUGGUUUCACGGGGACCUCCAUUGGGAGUUUCUGGAGAUGCGUAGAUGGAUAAGCUUAAGGUCUCGGUCACAAACUCACAAUCACAGCCCACUUCAUUCCCAUCCUUGUCGGUCCAUUUGAUGAUCCAAAUAAUCUCGGCCUGAUUUAACGAUUAGCAUUUACAUCUAACGGGCCAAUCUAGUGAAAUUCUGUAAUGUGCAAGGCCCAAUCACAUAUAUUUUCUCGUGGCCUAGCACCUCCGUAAAUAGUGGAGUAAUGUCCUUGUUAUGUCAAAGCCAUAGCGGCAUAGCGCGCGCCCUGUACUUUUGAAGCAGGGCGAGAAUACUUAAGCUAGGAGUCUCUUUUCCUUCUGCCCCUCUCCCCGAAACGACUUGCAUAUGUUAAGCAAGCUAGCGUUCCUUCUGAGCCAGGAUCAUAACUUGUUAGGACUGGUUCAUUCUGUAGAGACCAUCAGCAAUUAUGUACUUCAGCGCAGUGCCUAAGGCCUAGUACAAGCUUUCUUUUAUGAAUCUUAGUAGCAUCAAGUAUUGGUUUGGGCUUGUUUAAAAUUUUCAUUAUGUGGUUCUGGACUCACUGUGUGAGUUUGCUAUUUUGUGAACUAUGUAAUAAUUGGUUGUAGCUCGUUUGAGUAAAGGCCGGGAUAUUUGAUUCUAUUAUCUAAAAAAAAUCAAAAAAAGAAAUUCUACCGUAGUUAGCCUAUUGGGUGUGUUUGGAUAAUGGAAAAUAGGAGGUGGGAUUGAGAUUGAGAAAUGAAUAUAGGGUUAGGAUUAAAUGGAAGAGGAAUAAUGAAUGGUUAAGAUUUAAAGAUAUCUUUUGGUUGGUGGGAAUUCAUUUUCUAAUCCCAUUAGCCAAACACCGCAAUUAGGUGAUGUUUCUCAUUUAGGUAUAAUCCGUCAGAAAAAAAUAGCACACCGUGGAUGGGUAAUAAAAAGGAGGCAAGUGUUCAAGUUCAACUAGUUUUGCAUCUUCCUAACGCCGUACGAAGCAAAAAGGGAAUUCAUCCACACCAAAUCCACAUUUGAUUAAGUGUGGUGAUCUGAAAAGGAAAAAAAAAUUCACACUGACUCCCUUACACCAAAUCUAAGGGAGUCCGUAUUAGAUUCGGCCUACUUAAGGGAGUCAAAGUGGACUUUUUCCAUCUGAAAACAAGUCGCCGCUGUUCGUUCACACUGCAGCUUGCCAGGUCGCCCCAAUCAAAGCCCACCAGGGCAAGUAAAGCCCCAAAGACAAUGCAGGCCCAACCCUGCGGCCGCAAUAGCAAUCCUGCUCGAGCACGGCCAGCUCUCGUUUAGUACCACCUCGAUAACUCGAGGCGAUGGAGGCGGGAUGGUGGAUCUAAGUGGAGUGUGACUGUGUGAGGGAGAGGUGCUGGACAUGGAUGCCGGCACGGUGCGGUGCGCGGCGAACCACGCGCCGCUGACGCCGAUCAGCUUCAUCCAGCGCGCCGCGGCCGUCUACGGCGACCGCGCCGCGGUGGUGUGCGGGGAGAGGCGGUACACGUGGAGGGAGGCGCGGGGGCGGUGCGUCCGCUUGGCCGCCGCGCUCGCCGCCCGCGGCGAUGUGGUUGCUGUCCUGAGCCCAAACGUGCCGGCUAUGUACGAGCUGCACUUCGCCGUGCCGAUGGCCGGCGCGGUCCUGUGCACGUUCAACGCGCGGCACGACGCGGCCAUGAUCUCCACCCUCCUCAGCCACUCCGGCGCCAAGGUGUUCUUCGUCGAGUCGCACCUCCUCGACGUUGGGAGAGCCGCUCUGAGGCGCCUCGCCGGCUCAACCAGCGCCGCGAGCCUUCCGGUUCUCCUAACCAUCUCCGACGACGGCGCCGGCGCCCGCGACUCGGGCUGCGUGGACUACGAGGAUCUCGUCAGGGACGCGCCGUCGGAGUUUGACAUCCGGUGGCCGGUGGACGAGAUGGACCCGAUCACGCUCAACUACACCUCCGGCACGACGUCGCGGCCCAAGGGCGUGGUGUACAACCACCGCGGCGCCUACCUCAACACCAUCGCGACGGUCCUCGCGUACGACAUCACCGCCAUGCCGACGUACCUGUGGACUGUGCCCAUGUUCCACUGCAACGGCUGGAACCUGCCGUGGGGCGUCGCCAUGCAGGGCGGCACCAACAUCUGCCUCCGCCACUUCACGGCGAAGGUCAUCUUCGACAGCAUCGCGCGGCACGGGGUGACGCACAUGGGCGGCGCGCCGACGGUGCUCAACAUGAUCGCCAACGCGCCGGCCGCGGACAGGAGGGCUCUGCCGGGGCCCGUGCGCGUCAUGACGGGCGGCGCGGCGCCGCCGCCCCGCGUCUUGCUCGCCGUGGAGGAGCUCGGCUUCGUGCUGUACCACAUCUACGGCCUCACCGAGACGUACGGCCCCGCCACCGUCUGCACGUGGAUGCCGGAGUGGGACGCGUUGCCGGCGGAGGAGCGCGCGCGGCUGAAGGCGCGGCAGGGGUUCCAUCACAUCGCGGUGCAGGACGUCGCCGUCAAGAACUCGGCCACGAUGGAGAACGUGCCGUACGACGGGCAGACGGUGGGCGAGGUGAUGUUCCGGGGGAACACGGUGAUGAGCGGGUACUACAAGGACAUCGGCGCGACGAAGGAAUCCAUGGCCGGCGGGUGGCUGCACAGCGGGGACCUCGCCGUGCGCCACCCUGACGGGUACAUCCAGCUCAAGGACCGGGCCAAGGACAUCAUCAUAUCGGGCGGCGAGAACAUCAGCUCGAUCGAGGUGGAGUCGGUGAUCUUCAGCCACCCGGCGGUGCUGGAGGCGGCGGUGGUGGCGAGGCCGGACGAUUACUGGGGGGAAACGCCGUGCGCGUUCGUCAAGCUCAAGGAUGGCGCCAACGCCACGGAAGGCGAGAUCAUAAGCUUUUGCCGGGAGAGGCUGCCGCAUUACAUGGCGCCGAAGACGGUGGUGUUCGAUGAUUUGCCCAAGACGUCGACGGGGAAGACGCAGAAGUUCGUGCUCCGGGAGAAGGCCCGGGCCAUGGGCAGUCUCACCAAGUCUGCCAAUAGUAAACUGUAAUAUCAUUUCUGUUGUUGGACAUUGGAUGGGAUGCCGUAGUAUGCAGAGUUCCAAAGAUUAUUAGCUGAUUCGAGGGGUUUUGCCGAUUUUUGUCAUUACCACUCGAAAACCUGUGAAUUUUGAACAAAAUUUACCGAACGUCUGAGUUUAAGUUUGGAUUUUUUUUAAAAAAAAUGAUUAAUUUAUCGAGUGGUUUUUCAAUUUAUACUAUGUCAGCUGGCAGGUUGCCACCAAUCCCUGUGGCAAAAUUUGAUGUUGGCCAAAUGACUUAUUUAUCUUAGUGGCUUCACCAAAAUUGUGCCCAUCAUGUGGCUCCUAUUAAUUUUACUUUCAGUAAAUUGCAUAUUGGAGCUGGUAUUUU